AUGGAUCACCAAUUCACGCAGAGCCAGUGUUCCCUCGGGGCGGGCGACGCCUUCAGCGGCAACCAGUCAACACGCUCCAAGCUCGCCGUUCUCAGCGAGCGCAUCCAUGGCUUCGAGAAGCAGAUGGAAACUGAGGCGAAGCAGCGACGAGAGAGCGAGGAGAGCCGCAUCAUCGCCAUCAAGGAGGCCAUCACAAAGCUCGAAAAGACCCUAAACGCGGAAAUCAAACGGCGCGUGGAGGCCAACAAAGCUCUGCAGGCGAUGUUCGAAAGCCAGCUGCUUGGCGUGCAAGACAAGCUCUCUUCGGUCUUCGUGGAGAAGUUUGAUCAGCUACAGGGCGCUCUGGACGCCUUGAACGACCGCCUCACAAUCGUGGAACGCGAGUUCGGUGUCGAGAAGGAGAAGCAGGCAAAAGAGUGGGAAGAGAAAAACGGAAUGAUUUUCAAAGACAUGUCGACAAUCAAGGCGGCGCAGGAUGCAGAGAGUCAGCUGAGGCAGGAGAGCGAAGUCCAGCUGGCGAAGCGCCUGGGCGAACUCGAGUAUCGAACCGAGGGAAGAUUCGAGGCUGAAAAGAACACCCGCCAGCAGAAGUAUGACCAAGCGCACGAAGAGCUCGAGGAGGCGAAGCGCAUUCGGGAGCGGAACGAAGAGAAGUUUCAAACAUUCGUCUUGGAGGAAAUCGCCGCUCUCAAAAACGGGCUCGUUCUGGAGUCGCAGGCGCGAGAGGGCGCGGACGACGACAUCGUCCAGGCUGUGAACCACUACACAACUGCGCUGCAGGACGCACUCCGACUUGUUACGACUUCCUAA